GUUUCUUUCUCAGUGUAGCCCCCUUCCUCUGUCCUGGUUUUGAGGCAGAGGGGAGAGCCAGUUUUGAUUUUAGAGAGAGAUGGAUCCACCAGUGACAGAUGUCCCUACUGCUGUUUCGGGACGGAUGGUCACCCGGCCCCUCGUCCUGGUGACCCUAAUAUCUGCCUUUGGCUCCUCAGUCCAGUACGGUUACAACGCCUUUGUCAUCUUCUACCCAGCCAAGUACAUCCAAAACUUUUUCAAUGAGACGUAUCGGUUCAGGAACAUGAUCAGCAUUGAUGAAGGCUUGCUGAGGUUCCAGUGGGGUCUCACCGUCGCCUUUUUCCCAUUUGGGGGGUUUUUGGGAGCUCUCAUAGCUGGACCUCUGGUGGACAGCAUUGGCAGGAAAAAAACCCUCCUGGUCAAUAACUUUUUGGCCAUUAUCGCGGCUGCCCUGGUCAUUGCCACCAAACCGAGGCGUUCCCACGAACUUCUGAUCUGUUCACGCUUCUUUGUGGGAAUCUGUGCCGGGAUUGCCUUCAGCGUGGUCCCCAUGUACCUGGCCGAGAUCGCCCCCCAAAAUCUGCGGGGGGCGCUCUGCACGGUGGCUGACCUUUUCAUCACCUUCGGUAGUUUGUUGGCCGAAGCCAUAGGCUUCCGCGAUGUCCUUGGGACCGAAGAAGGUUGGCCCAUCUUGUUAAGCCUCACUGGCAUCCCCGCAGUGCUCCAAUUACUUCUCCUCCCGCUUUUCCCCGAAAGUCCUCGAUUUCUCCUGAUUCAGAGGAAGGAGGAAGAAGAAGCCAGGCAGGCUUUGAAGAGGCUGAGGUGUUCGGACGACGUGGAGCAGGAGAUGGAAGAACUCCGACAAGAGGGACUGGCGGACAAGGCCGAAAAAGAUAUGGACGUGAUGAAAAUCCUGUAUUAUCCCGGCCUUCGGUGGCACGUGGUGUCUAUCGUGGUCCUGAUGGUGGGCCAGCAGCUCUCUGGGAUCAACGCGGCCCACUAUUACGCAAAGCGGAUUUACUUGUCCUCGGGGGUCAGCGAUACGAUUGUGUGGUACAUCAGCGUAGCUUUGUCUGUCUUCCUGAUGGUCAUCACAACACUAGUGAUCUGCAUCGUCGAAACCUCGGGACGAAGGAUACUCCUGCUCACCGGCUUCGGAAUCUGCGCAAUUGCCAGCAUUUUCUUGACCAUGACUUUACAACUUCAGAAAAACAUCCCCACCAUGGCGUAUCUGAGUGUCUCAUUCCACACCAUCUUCCUUAUCGGACAAGCUACCGGUCCCAAUCCGGUUCCCAAUGUGCUGGUAGCCGAGUAUUUCCUGCAGACGUGCCGAUCCACGGCUUUCGUGAUCGCCGGAAGCAUCCACUGGAUAUGCAAAUUCCUCAUUGUUGCAACGUAUCUCCACAUGGAAGCCGAACUGGAACCGUACAGCUUCCUCUUCUUCUGGCCAUUCAACAUCCUCACCAUUUUAUACAUAGCCAAGAUGAUCCCCGAGACCAAGGAUAGAAGUUUCCUAGAGAUCAGGAGAAUCCUGUCUCGCCAUCUGACCCAACGGUCAUAAAUGGUGGACCUGGUGGACCUUCUCUGUGGACCUUCUGGACUGCCUUUCCGUCAAGGGAAGAUGAGCUUAUGAGAUCUCCUCUUAGUUUGGGGGCAGACGAUGCCCCCAUCUCCUCUUCCAGCCCACCCCCACUCCAGACGUCAAGUUAUGGAGGUGGAUCCUCACCAGGAGGAUCAAGUUAGUUCCUUCAAUUGGGAUGAUCCUUGAUGGCUUGGGAGGAUCAGAUCUUCUCUCUUGACCUUUCACAGGGGACAAUUUGGAAAGACCUUGUUCAUUUGACCCUUAGAAGGACCACGCCAGAUCUCUCAACAGGAUCCUGGAGACAUCAAAACACAUACCGGGCAUUUUUGCAAAAUUUUUCUGGAACUUUCCUUCUUCUUGUUUUAACUACUGUUUUCUGUUUGGGGUUGAGUUGACCCAAACUUCC